AUGUUGCCUGUCAUUGAAGCCUAUCCCUUGGCGGCUUGCACAUACACGUCCACGGUUCGCCAGGAUAUCGUGCCCAUCGAUGUUGUGUAUCCCCAUUAUGCGGAAGAGUCAUUCGAAAUCCGCCACUCUUUGUCUCACCAAUGGUUCUGGAAAUCUGGCAUGAAGCAUGACGAUAUCAUGCUGAUUAAGCUUUUCGACAACAAGAUGGAUCCAAAUAACGCAUUCUAUGCGCCACACGGAAGCUGGAGAGACCCAAAUGCACGGAAUGAUGCCCCUCCUAGAAGAAGCAUCGAGUUGCGGUGUAUGGUAUUUGGCGGGGAUUAA